AUGAAUGGACGGUCUUUGAUUGGCAGUGCUGGUGAUGCCCGUCAUGGUCCUGUUUGGAAGGACCCUUUUGGAACUAAAGCUGGUGAGGCAGCACGCAGAGGCAUUGACCAGCUAAGCUUGGCCCUGGCAGAUGGGUUGCAGGAACAGGAGUCCUCAUGCCUGACUUCUGGAGCAAGUAGUCAGGGCUCCCAGGGGCUCCAGAAGGGUUCGGCAGUUCAGAAUAAAUGGUUCCUGGGGACUCUGAAACAGCAGCAACUGUCUGCUCAGAUUCAGUUCCAGAAACUCAAGGCAGUUAUGUCUUUGGGCUGCUUGUCCCUGCCUGAGCUGAAGCCUGAUGCCUCCCAUAAGUUGCACUAUGAAAUCAUCAUUUUUGUCUUCAAGGUACCAAAUUCUGGUGAUACUGGUGCUUUCUUGCAGAAAAAGAAAUCUAGCCUGAGAAGUGAAUGGUACCACAGUGAACACAGUCAUGGUUACAGUGUUCAUAUGUUCCAGAGUCUGUCCUUCCCUCAAGGAGCCAGAGGAAGAGAUAGCCUGGAGGAUAGCCCCACUAUGGUUAGAGUAGACAGGGGUGAAAACCAAGUUUCACUAUGUCAAGGGAGAAGGUGCUUCCCCAAAGCUCUUGGCUAUAUCACUGGGGAUAUGAAAAAACUUGCCAACUGGCUUAAAGACAAACCUGUGGUGCUCCAGUUCGUCGACUGGAUUCUUCAGGGCAUAUCCCAAGUGGUGUUUGUCAACAACUCCAUCAGUGGAAUCCUGAUUCUGGUGGGACUUCUUGUUCGGAACCCCUGGUGGGCUCUCACUGGCUGGCUGGGAACAGUGGUCUCCACUCUGAUGGCCCUCUUGCUCAGCCAGGACAGGUCAUCAAUAGCGUCUGGGCUCUAUGGCUACAAUGCUACCCUGGUGGGAAUACUCACGGCUGUCUUUUCAGACAAGGGAGACUAUUUCUGGUGGUUGUUAUUCCCUGUAUGUGCUAUGUCCAUGACUUGCCCAAUUUUCUUAAGCGCAUUGAAUUCCAUGCUCAGCAGAUGGGACCUCCCUGUCUUCACCCUCCCUUUCAACAUGGCAUUGUCAAUGUACCUUUCAGCCACAGGACAUUUCACAUUCUUUCCAGGCAAAUUGGUCACACCUGUAACUUCACCGUCAACUAUCUCCUGGUCUGAUCUAAGUGCCCUGGAGUUAUUGAAAUCUACACCAGUGGGGGUUGGUCAGAUCUACAGCUGUGAUAAUCCAUGGACAGGGGGCAUUUUCCUGGGAGCCAUCCUGCUCUCCUCCCCACUCAUGUGCCUGCAUGCUGCCAUUGGAUCCUUGCUGGGCAUAGCAGCAGGACUCAGUCUUGCAGCCCCAUUUGAGGACAUCUACUUUGGACUCUGGGGUUUCAACAGCUCUCUGGCCUGCAUUGCAAUGGGAGGAAUGUUCAUGGCACUCACUUGGCAAACCCACCUCCUGGCUCUUGGCUGUGCCCUGUUCACGGCCUAUCUUGGAGUCGGCAUGGCAAACUUAAUGGCUGGGAUUGGAUUGCCAGCUUGUACCUGGCCCUUCUGCUUGGCCACGAUAUUGUUCCUCAUCGUGACCACAAAAAAUUCCAACAUUUACAAGAUGCCCCUCAGUAAAGUUACUUAUCCUGAAGAAAACUGCAUCUUCUACCUGCAAACCAAGAAAGGAAUGGUGGAAAGCCCUUUGUGAGAAUAAGCCACAUCUGCCGCCAUGGUCACGAGUCAUUUCUGCCUGAGUGCUCCAGCUAACUUCCUGGGUCUCAGCAAACUGCCGUUUUUCAUGAGUAUCAACUUUCGUACUAACACAUCUGCGAUCUGUUCUUACGCUCAUUUUGUAUUUUCCUUUCAACUCCAGGAAUAUCCUCAAGCAUAUGAGACCCACAUCUAGGUGAUAUGCUCUGGUAUGGAAUUGGAAAGCCCAGUGGGGGUUUCUUAGUUGGCACUAAGCCUGGAACAUAUAUAAAGUCAAAGUGCUCCAACAGAAGGAGGGAGUAAAAACAAACUAUUGGCAUUUAUUGAUAUUCUUGGUGUUUCACUAGCUGGAUGAUGUUAACAGUAUUAAAAAUUAAACCCCAUAAACCAUCUAAGCCUUAUGGAAUUCGCAGUCACAAAAUUGAAGUUAAUUCAGAAUUCUGUGAUAAGCAAUUUGGUUUUUUUUUUUUUUAAAAAAAAAUCAAUGCAAGUUACAAAUUAGCCUGUGUCAGUAUUGCAGAGGUGCAAGCUGACAGCUGAGCUCGGUCCCCACUUCCUGCAAACAAUGGCCUGCACCCUGUCCCUUGUGUGUGUGGCAUUCUCUCAUGGGACAUAGUUGGAGUUUUUCAGACUGAUGAGACUACAAGAGGGAGAAAGGAAUUUUGUCCAGCAAAAUUAUUCUGUACUGCAACUUUUCUCACAGACUGUAAAGGAUUUUUUAGGUAGAGAUUAUUUUUCCAUAUGAAAAAUCAUCUGUUUUAAAAGAGACAAAAUAGGAGAAGUUCCUGGCUUAACCUGUUCUUAGAUAUUAAAGAAAACUUACAUACUGUAUUUAUGAAAUACUCAGGUAUUUUCACUUUAGCCCCUACAUUGGUUUUGUAAGUGCCACAAAUGCAUAGAAUUGUUACCAACCUCCAAAGGGCUCUUUAAAAUCAUAUUUCUUAUUCAUUUGAGGAUGUCUUAUAAAGACUGAGGGCAAAGGUCA